GUGAGUGCGAGCGCGGCCGCCGAGCCCCGCACCGGGCACCGCACCCGGGCACCGCACCCGGGCACCCCCGCCCCGCGGCCGGCCCGGCCCCGCGCCCCCCGCCCGGCCAUGGAGCGCCGCGCCCGGCCCCGCACCGGCACCGCCUGAGCGCCGCCGGGGCCCCAGCGCAGGGCGGGCAGCGGGCGGGGGCUGCCGAGCCCCGCCGCCGGAGCCACGGCACCGCCGCAGCCCGCGGAGGGCUCUGCCUCGCCGCUCUUUAUUUGUUUUGCCUCCCUUCUUUCUUUUUUGGCCGGGGUUUCUUUUGGUUGAUUUUUUUUUUUCCUCAAAAAAAAAAAAAAUUUUUUUAAUCGCAUUUUUCCACCCCCCCCCCCCCCCCCCCACCUCUCCUCGUCAAUCGCCCGGGCUCUGCGGAAGGAAGAGCCCGUGCUGCCCCGCGGCCGGAGCGCCCCGCGCCCGCCCAGAGGGGCCCCGCGGAUGUGCGGAGCUCCCCCCGGAGCCCUCCCGCCCUCCCGCCGCCUCUUUGUCCUCACCCACCUACGAUCUUUUUUUUUUUUUUUUUUUUAAAUUUUUUUUUUUUCAAGCAGACCUGAGCAUCACCGGGGGCUGGGAGGGUGGGGGGCCCCGCGGCGCUGCCAGACCGACCCCUGCCCAUCGCUCUUAAGGAACUCUCAUGGCUUCACGGCUGCAGACAAGUUGCCGUGCAUCGUGGUGGACUAUCGGAGUUUGCAUCCUGGCAGCCGCGCUCCUACCAGGGCUGCAAGCUCAGAGUGUCUUGGUCAAUGACACCGUCUCGGGGUUCAUCGGCACGGACGUGGUGCUGCACUGCAGCUUCACCAACCCGCUGCCCAUUGUGAAGAUCACGCAGGUGACGUGGCAGAAGGCCACCAACGGCACCAAGCAGAAUGUGGCCAUCUACAACCCCGCCAUGGGCGUGUCCAUCCUGUCCCCCUACAAGGAGAGGGUGACCUUCCGGAACCCUUCCUUCAAGGAUGGCACCAUCCAGCUGUCCCGGCUGGAGCUGGAGGAUGAGGGGGUGUACAUCUGUGAGUUUGCCACUUUCCCAACUGGCAACCGGGAAGGGCAGCUGAACCUCACCGUGCUGGCCAAACCCACGAAUUGGAUGGAGGGCACCAAGAGGCCACUAAUUGCCAAGUCUGGCAGGACAGAAAAGAUCUUGGUGGCCACCUGCACCUCCUCCAACGGGAAACCCCCCAGCACCGUCACCUGGGACACGAAGCUGAAGGGGGAGGCGGAGUUCCAGGAGAUCCGGAACAGCAACGGCACCAUCACGGUGAUCAGCCGGUACCGGCUGGUGCCCAGCCGCGAGGCGCACCGCCAGCAGCUCAUGUGCGUGGUCAACUACCAGCUGGAGAGGUUCACCGACAGCAUCACCCUCAACGUGCAGUAUGAGCCAGAAGUCACCAUCGAGGGCUUUGAUGGCAACUGGUUCCUGAACCGCAAGGAUGUGAAGCUGACCUGCAAAUCUGAUGCCAACCCCCCAGCUCACACCUACGAGUGGAAGCUGCCAAACGGGACCCUGCCAGGGAGCGUGGAAAUCCAGAACAACACCAUCUACUUCAAAGGGCCCGUGUCCUACAGCUUGGCUGGCACCUACGUCUGCGAGGCCACCAACGCCAUCGGGACACGCUCGGGCUUGGUGGAGGUCAAUGUCACAGAAUUUCCCUACACCCCGUCUCCAAUCGAUGAUCACAAAUCCAUGGUGCAGCCGAACAUCCCCACACCGGUGAUUGGGGGCAUAGUGGGAGGCGUCUCGCUGGUCCUGCUGGUGGCCGUGGUGCUCUUUGUGGUACUCCGGCGCCGGCGUCACACCUUCAAGGGUGACUACAGCACAAAGAAGCACGUGUACGGCAACGGCUACAGCAAGGCUGGCAUCCCACAGCACCACCCCCCCAUGGCCCAGAACCUCCAGUACCCCGACGACUCGGACGACGAGAAGAAGCCGGGCCCCUUGGGCGGCAGCACCUACGAGGAUGAGGAUGAGGAUGCGGGAGGCGAGCGCAAGCUGGGCGGCCCCAAAGCCUACGAGGAGGACGCCAAGAGGCCUUACUUCACCGUCGACGAGGGCGAGGCCCACCCCGAACCUUACGACGAGAGGACACUCGGCUUCCAGUACGACCCCGAGCAGCUCGACCUGGCCGAGAACAUGGUGUCGCAGAACGACGGGUCUUUUAUUUCCAAAAAGGAGUGGUACGUGUAGCUCCACGCCCCUCUGCUACACUCACACACACUCGCACACACGCGCUCACAAACACGCUGACGAGCGAUGCCCUCCCUGCCCUGCAUCCCUCCGAGCACACCCACGCACGCCCCGGCCCCGCACAGACUUUUUGGAUGCUGGGGGCCAGCGGCGAGGGAGGGCGGCUUUGCUUACGGAUCGUUUUUUUGGGGAGGGGAGGGCGGGGCUCGUGCGGGAGGGCGGGAGGUCGGGUAAUUAUUUUCUCUCGGUUUUGGUUUGGCUUUUUAAUUUCUCUCUUCGACGACUUUCGUCCCCUUCUGUGGUGUUUGUAUUGGUCGGUGGCUUAGGUGUUACUCUUUGCUUUAACGACUGUUGCCCAGCCUGUAUAUUACACUCUGUUUGUGUCUUCAUGUCUCAGAGUGCCCUUCCCUCCCCGAGGCUUCCUCCUCCCACUCCCACCCCCCUGAAACACUGGAAAUUUGUUUGUAUGUUGUCUUCUUUGUUUGUUUUUUAACCUUGGGAGGGGGGCAGGUGGGCUGUCCGUAGGACAGAGGCCAGGAGAGUUUUAUGGCAAUGGAAACAUAGGUACCAUUAUCAGGUGAAUGAAUUUUGGGUUUUUUUCCCCCUAAUCACUUUUUUUUUUUUUUUUUUUUUGGUGGGGUCUGGGUGACAUUCCCAUUGCCUGCUGCACACCUGGAGAGAACUGCACUCAGUUUUUAAUGACUCAAUAAAAGGAAAACGAGGAGAAAGGGCGGGGAGAAAACACCCUAGACCAAACCCCAGGUGCAGGGGCUGAUAGCAGAGCAGGGAAACAAAACUGCCAUUUUCCUCCUACAUUUUAUUAUCGCCUGGCUUUUCAUUUCUCUGUCUUUGUUUGAGUGUUCUUUUAAAGGAAAGAAAAGGAGUAUUUAUUGCUGACACUUUUCCCCCCGUGAUGGCUCAGAGAAAGGCUGGCUCUUUUUGUUCUUGUUGCUGUUGUUGUCGCUGGUACCAGCCACAGAGCAGUUCACUGGGGCACAUCCACUGGGGAAGGGACCAACUGAGGACACUUUGCUUCCACACAUUCACUGCCUUCAGCUCUGCUCUGCACACCCAGGCAGGGCAGGACCAGCCCCUGAGGUUUAUUUUAUUAUACCACUAAGACUUAAUUGUCAUGUGUUUACACUUUAUUUUUUAUUUUGGUCAGAGCACGGGGGUGCUUCUCUCUCUCUCUCUCUCUCUCUCUCUCUCUCUUUCUCUCCCCCCUAGCAACAACCCCAGCCCGUGGCUGCACCACGUAGGUGGCAUUGAUUGCCACUUUUCCGAUAUCCCAUCCCUCUCCUGAGCACAGGCUUGGCAGACAGGGCAGGAGGGAUUGAGCCUGGGGUAUUGAUCUUUCCCUCCUUGCCUUGAGCCACGGCGCUGUGCUGGGGAGGUUCGGAUUGCUGCUAUCUCUGCUCUGUGAAUAAAUGGGAUUCCAGACUUCAGGGCCCUCUGUCUCACACCGACCAUCUCCAAAUUAGAUUCACUGGGUUGGGGCUUAUUUUUCUUCUUGUGGGUUAUAUUUUAAUUUUUUUUUUAAUUUGAUGUAUAAAUAAAUCUUUUGUUCGAAAAGAAAUCCCCAGUUUUCUGAGCUGUAUUAUCAUGCACGUCUAAAAAUAGCAGGACUAAUUCUCCUCCUGCCUUACCCGCUGGGUUUUGUUCCACAGCGGUUAUCCUGCUGCAAAAAGGGAGGAGGGUGGAGAGGCAGACCCACACAGAUGAGUCAAGGUCAGAUCUCUGAUCCAGGCAGCCUCCAAAGCUUUCCUUUCCUGCGAGGUGCUCGCUGCAGACCACAGCCUGAGCCAUGCCCAGCGUGCUCUGAUUGCAUUAGUGGGGUAGGGCAGUGGGCAAUCCAAUUGUAGGGCUGUAAUCUCUCUGCUGUUCCUGCCAGCCCCUCAGGCUUCCUGGCUUCUGGCACCACAGCCACAUGCCACAGGAAGGCUGUUCUGUGUCCUCUCAGAGCCAGGGCAGGCACGGAUUCCCUCGGGAUCCCUCAGGCUGAGCCGUCCCAGCUCCGUCCACCGCCACCAGGAGCACCCCGCUAGCAGGAAAGCCCCCAGUAAAGGGAAUAAAACCUCUUAACAUCUCUCCAAAGCUCUGAUUAGUGAUGAUUAGGGGUGGGAAUGACUUCCCUCCGGUGCCUUGGGAGAGCAGCACACACAGGGCUUUGAUUCCCCCAGAGGGAGAGCCUGUAAUCUGGCUCAGUGUGUGGUGCAGGGAGAAUUCCCAACAAAGUCCAUCUCUGGAGUGAAUAAUCCUUUAGAUCUGAGCCCCAGAGCCAGGCUGGGAACAGGAUGGUGACGGUGCCUGCAGCAGCAAGCUCAGGGCAGGCAUCAGCAGGCACCUGUGAGAUCAGUGGCACAGACCCUGCCCUGCAGAUUUUCCCCAGCCCAGGCACACCCUCUGAGGGGGUGGCUUUGCAAGAAAACAGCAUUUUAUAAAAUCUGCGGGGUCCAGCAGUGAUUCUUCACGUUGAGGCCACUGCUCAGGUCAGGCCAAUCCUCACCACGCUGAGCCCACAGCUCUGUGUCCUGAAGAACAAAGGGGCAAAGGCUGCCAAGUGGGGCACAAGGGCCUGGGAGAGGUCAGGGCUGUUCCAGAAUUCAGGGAAGAGCACAGGAACCCUGAAAAAUCUGCCUUGGCAGUUAUUAGCCUGCCUUUGAAGGUGUCAUUUUUGGAGCUGUAGCCUCCUUGGCUUAUUUAUUGCCCAUUCACACACUGUCCAUGGAGUGAAGGCUCCAAGCCCCAGUGGGAGCCAGGGAAAGGAAAGGAGAGAGUGGAGCAAUGUGGGAUUUCCAGGCUAGAGCCUGUACACGAUUCCCUUCCUGCUGCAGCACUUUUUCCUGCCCUUUUUGCACCAGCCCAAAUUUAGGACGUAGCUCAGCCACUUACCUCCUCAGAGUGGUUCAGAAAAGGGGUAAAAUGGUCAUUUUUCAUCCAGAACCUGGAGUGGAAGAUCCUUAGACAGCGUUGCCUGGCACAGCAGCGAGGCACCCUGCGAGGUCAAGGCUCAGUGCUGCCUUUCUCUCAUCCUUGAGCUCUUCAGCAUCGCUCUCCUGGUGCAAUUAUCACCACAGCCACGGAGAAAUGCCACCUCUGUGCUGCCAUUUGCUUCUUGCUGUCCCUUGCAAGGUCAGCUAGAUGGCCAAGAGACUCUUGGGGUGGUAAUUAGCCAAGUGAUUAGCCAUUAAUCCAUCGCAAGGUGGAAGAAAAAAGAAGUGUGGGGGAAGAAAAUCAGAUUGAUGCUUCAUCUGAGAGCUGUUUUGGUCCAGUAAUAGCAUCACUGCCUUCUCUGGGUUAAAUUGCUCUGAGGGGACCCUUGAAGGGAAUUAGAUGAGUUUUUCCAGCCUCAUCAAGCAGAAAGUGAUCCCUGUUCCCACCUGAGUGCAGGGGUGAGCUCAGGAGAGAGGCCACAGUGAAGAACCACGUGCAUCCUGCAGGGAGGGAAUGAGCUGGGGCUGUGCAGGGCUCAGCAGCAGGGCCAGCCUGGGCUGGUCUUUGCCCUGCUGGUGGUGUCACCUGUCCCUUUGUGCCCCAGUUUCCCUCAGAGGGCAGAUUCUGUCAGGCUGGAGUGCCACGCAUGAGCUGGGCCACCUCUCAGGGACCCUCAAGUGAAAAACCCCCUGCUUCUCCCACCCCCCUUUCAUCAGAGGUGCUAAGGAGGGGGAAAUGCCCCUGUGGGACCUGGCAAGGGGAGCUUCCAGCUGGGAGAGGGAAGCUGUCCACGGGCCUCCUCCUCUCCAGCUCGGUGCUAGGGAGCUGCUGCUCUGCAGGACAUGUCCCUUUCACACCAGCCCCCGACUGGCGUGGCCCCCCCGGGCUGGGUUUCUGCCUGGGGAACGCCUUCACCCCGCCGGGGCUGGGGUCAGUGCCUCAUCACCUCCCCCGGCUGGGACCCCCGGCCAGGGGACAGCCACACCAGCCUGGUGCUGCUCCCUUUCCCCAGCCUCAUCCCGGAUAACAGAGCUCCUGGUACCUCAGGGCGGCUGGGGAAGCCGAGCAGGCAGUGAGAGAGCUCAGUGGCCCAAAAUGCAGGUGAAUUUGGGCCAAUCCCCCAUUUCCUUCCCCGUGUGAAUUCAGGGAGCUGUGCGAGCAAACAGAGCUGUGUCACAACCCACAACGAGCCUGUGCUUUAUGUACUGAGACGCCCCAGCUGUUUCCCUGCUGGGGCUUUUCUCUAGGAUUAUUCAUUGCAAUUCACCCUAGUGAUGUUAUUUUCCCUUAUUUAAUUACCAGGUUUGUUGGGUUUGUUUUUUUCCCCCUGUUAAAUCAUUUCCAUUCAAGCAGUGGGAAGAAAAAAAAAAAAAGAAAAAAAAAACCAACCUGAAGAUUUCCUUAUGAAAUAAAUCAACAAACGGAGGUGGUUGCACCAAAUUGACUGCAAAGACAUGAGGGACAAAGGGAGCCAUUUUCCUGAUGUUGAGUCAAAAAGAAACACAACAACAGUUCAGCAAAAAUCAGGGAGGGUUAGGGAGAGAGAGACUGCAAAGAUUGAUCUCAAGGCAAUUAGAGAAGGGAGUGUGAUUGGAAGGGGGCUGCUGCUCUGCUUGGCUCUUUCCCUCUGCUGGGCACAAGCUCACACACGCACACGCAGACUUUUGGGGUUUGGGGAGCAGAUUAGGUGGAGGGGAAAACCCCACUGCCCUUGUGGGGCUCAGCCGUGUCAUUCCUGCAGGCUCUGAGCUUCCCAGGGUGGAAAUGGGGUUCACCCCAGCUUGCCAGCAGGUUUAAACCCACUUUUAAGUUUCCCUCCAGCUGUGGGGACAGGGGACACUGCCAGCGUGGCGUGGCUGCCGCCUGCUCUUUACUGAUGAGGUGUGAAACAGCCCCCCACCCUGCCCACCCUGCACCCCUCCAUCCCCUUUCCCCCAAGGAAUCCUGCUGCCAGUUCGGGAUUUCCCGGGGUGAGCAGGGAAUCCUCGGCACCGGGAGGGUGUGAAGGCCCUGGGUCCUUCCCAUCCAUCCCAAACUCAGCCCAGAGUUGGGGGGCCGAGGGCAGAGGGGCUGGGGGAGAGCAGGGGGGGCUCAGCCCAUCUGCAAGGGAAGGAAAGCCAAGCCUAAACCUGAGCUUGGGUUUGGGACGGGGGGGUUUCCCUGAGUGACCCCCCUGGUGAAUGUAAGGAGCACACGGAGUCAGAUCCUCUGCUCUUGGUGCAGGGACUCUCCUUGAGGGUCUGGGUUUUCUUUUCUUUGGCCUUUCUCUUUUUUUAAAACACGAUUCCUCAGCUCCAGUGAUUUUAUCUCUCUUUUUCUUCGUCCUCUGGCUGUAAUGAUCAUUGUGGAAUUAAAACUGCAGACAGACAAACAAACAACCCCAACCCCACUUUAUUUUUUUCUUUUAUUUCUUUUUUUUUUUUUUUUUAUUUUGUAAUCUGUGUUGUAAGUGCUUUUGUAAAAAAUAAAAAAUAAAAAUAAUAAUAAUAAUAAUGUAAUGGACUUUCAUGAUUUCGGUUUGGGGUUUUUUUCUGCGUUUUUGUUUUGGGUUUUAUUUUGAGGAUUUUUGUUUUGUUUUUUUUGUUUUGUUUUGUUUUGUUUUUCAUCCUUUGUAAUUUGUUCAUUUUGAAUCCUGGGCUGGGGAGGGGGGGGAAUAUUUUCAUGGUUAUAAUUUGUGUGGGUGGGGUGUUGCAUCACCCUUCCUUUUACUUGUAUAAAAAAAACCAAUAGUGGCUGAGCUGUGGAAAAAAAAAUGUACUUUUUUAUAAAUAAAGAAUUUUAAAA